AUGCUCCCCUCCUCUGUAUUAGGCUCCUUGACUCAAAAAGAUGCGGCCUGCCGAGGUGCUUGCUGCGCCGGCAUCCGCGGCCGGAUUUUGGAACACCGGGGAAAGUGGACCUCGGACCAGCCGUCGCGUGACGCCCGUGCCGGUGCCGGUUCGAGGCGUAUCACCACCCACCGGCCCUGUUUCCCCGGUCAGACACAGACCCAUGUGCUUCGGGAGAGAGAGGGGAGUUUCCAGGACAAACCAAAGCCGCGCGCCGACGGGGAUGAAGAGAUGCUGAAGACGCUGAUUCGCCUCCUCCGCUCCGACAAAGACAUCAACCACGCCUAUUCUCGCGUCUUUAAGCAGAUCGGUAUCGAGAUGCAAGAUACCAUGAAGUAUCAGGGUAUCAGCGACGGGCUCGCCAUCGUCUUCUGGUCGGGGUUCAUCUCCGUCACCUGGCUGUACACCUUCAGCUUCUCCGCUGCCUGCAGCCCGUUAUUCUGGAUCGUGAUCGCCGAGGCUCUUGACACGGAAGCCCGCUCCAACGAGUUGAGCAUCACCACGAUGGUGUCUUUUGCCUUUGAUACUAGAACUUUCCGAGGGAACGAAAUCCGUGGGACACCGUUCUACCUCCUCUUCGUCGUGUGCAACGUCACAAACGCCAUCAUCUUUGACGAUGAUUCGUCGCCCCUAUGCCCCUAG